UCAUUUCCGGUAGAGAGAGCGGAAGCCGGUACCGGGAAGGAUGAAGCGAAGAAGGAGAGAACGGAGGACCGAAGAGGGGAGGAGAUAAUCAGUCAUGGAUCCUCUGGACACGAUGCUGAGCGACCCCCUGGAUCUGGGGCCCGGCGUGGACAACCAUGGGGCCCCCAUCAUGGAGGAGUGUUUGCUGGGAGGAACCAGAGUCGGCCUUCCCGAGGACCUUCUGGAGGAUCCGGAUCUGUUCUUCGAUGUGGUCAGUAUGAACACGUGGCAGAACGUCCUCUCCGACUCUCAGCGGGAACAUCUCAGGCAGUUCCUUCCGUCCUUCCCGGAGGACAACACUCGGCAGCAGGAUGACAUCAUCCAGGCUCUUUUCCGGGGAGACAACUUCCGAUUCAGCAACCCGCUGCAGACUGCGCAGAAGCUCUUCAGAGACGGCCACCUGAACCCGGAAGUGGUGAAGUACCGCCAGCUGUGUCUGAAGUCCCAGUACAAGCGAUAUGUCGGCUCACAACAGCAAUAUUUCCACACUCUGCUCAAACAGAUCCUGGCCUCCCGGAAGGAGCUGUUGGACCUCGCCAGAAACAACGGCCCAGACCUGCUGACAAAGAGGAAGCCCACUUCUCCGCGGAACACAGAAGAGGAGCGUGAGAGGCGAGCACAGCGACGGUACCUGAAGAUCCUGCGAGAGGUGAAGGAGGAGUGUGGGGAUGGUACGCUGUCCUCAGAGGAGGAAGACCUGACCUCCUGGCUCCCCGGAUCACCCACCAGUUCUCCUGGUGCCAGCGUACCUCUCCGCUCCAUCCCCACUCUGUCCACACAGGACAUGAAAACUGCAGAUAAAGUUGAUCUGACGGAGCGCGAGUUGAAGGUGAUGCUCCGGAGACAUCGAGAGAAGCGGAAGCUUCAGCCGGAUCACCCCGAUCUGAUGACGGAAGAGAUCACCACGAAUGACGUAAUGACUCGGGUCAACGCUGGCCGCAAGGGAUCUCUGACAGCACUUUAUGACUUGGCCACAAUGAAGAGACGGGUGAAGGAGCAGGACGAGCGGAAGAAAAAGAAGAUGAAGCCAAUAAAGACGGAGCCGGAGGAUUUCCCGGAUGCACCUGAAGAAGCGGAGAUCAUGCCGGCACUGCUUCCCUCUGACUCCCUCAACCUGACCUCCGUGAAGGAAGAGCCCAUGGAGGAUGUGAAGCCACCAUUGCCUUUCAAUGAGAUUUCAGCCAGUUUCUUCAGUCUCCUGCUGGAUAUAUUGGUGGUGGAGGGGCCGUCUAAUCUCAUUCUGCUGGAAGAGAAGAUUUCCCUGUGGCAGGUCUCCCCCGCCAGCACCCUGAACAGCUGGUACUCCACCGCCACCAACUGGUGCGACUUGGUCCACUCGGCCCUCCUGUAUCUCAGCGGAGACAGCAAAGGCGCUCUGUCGGGUAUGUCCCCCUAUGUGGAGUUUCGGGAGAAGACUCAGCAGUGGAAGUGUCUCGCGCCCCCUGCUGACAAUGAGAAGGAUUUGGUCGCCCUCUUCCACCUCUGGCUGGAGACCAAGGAUCACAUAUUCAGCAAGGAGGAGGAGAGCCCCCCGGACUCCAGCACCCCCAUUGCCAGAGUAAGGACGGAUUACAUUGUGCGGCCGAGCUCUGGAGAUGAGAAGCGGAUCUUCCAGGAGCAGGAGAGGCACCGCUACCUCCAGCCUCACAAGGCCUUCACUUUCCGCAUGCACGGAUUUGAGUCUGUGGUGGGUCCGGUGAAAGGCGUAUUCGACAAGGAGACGUCUCUGAACAAAGCUCGUGAACACUCGCUGCUGCGCUCUGAUAGGCCGGCUUACGUCACCAUCCUGUCCCUUGUUCGGGAUGCAGCCGCCCGCCUGCCCAAUGGCGAGGGUACACGUGCCGAAAUCUGUGAGCUUCUGAAGGAUUCCCAGUUUCUGGCGCCCGAUGUUACCAGCGCUCAGGUGAACACGGUGGUGAGCGGUGCAUUGGACCGGCUGCACUACGAGAAAGAUCCGUGCGUGAAAUACGACAUUGGACGCAAGCUGUGGAUCUACCUCCAUCGAGACCGCAGCGAGGAGGAGUUCGAGAGGAUCCACCAGGCGCAGGCAGCAGCAGCCAAAGCCAAGAAAGCUCUGCAACAGAAGCCGAAAACACCCUCUAAGAUCAAAUCGGGCACCAGGGAGUUCACAGUGAAGGGCAGCGGCACGCCUGAGCCGAUUCAGCUGAACCUGAAUGAGUGCAGUAUGCCGCCAACACCCGGAACCCCCAGCACGCCGACUACACCAGCGCUUCCAGCAAUGCCAAUGUCCCCCACAUCUGCUGCAGUCAGUAAGAUUCUCCCCGGCAAUAUUCCAGAGUCCCCGAAAUCCAGUCCAGGCGUUCUGUUGGUGUCCCCGACCACCAUGCCUCAGCUCAGCACUCUGCUGGCUCCGUCUGUGACCAGUCAGGUGACCACUGUGACCCCAACCCCCAUCAGAAACGCAGCGCUGUCCUCGUCCCUUCCAAUCCCUCAAGUACGGAUCGUGACGGCUUCUGCCGCCAUUCCGACCGCUCCCCCGCCCGCCAUCGUCACCCAGUCUCUUUCUCCGGUCGUAUCGCACAUCAGGGUGCCCAUCACAACGUCCACCACUAAAGGACUGGCCCAGAUGCUGACUAUGCCAGUGAAGACGCAGCCGACUGCCGGUGCCCCGCGCCCGACCAUCACCGUGACCAGUUCAGGAACCAUUGCUGUGACUGCCCUGAACGCCUCUACAAUGGUCACUUCCAAACCAGUGGUCAGUUCUCCUGCAAGUUCCACGCCUACAAUCCUGCAGAGCAUCACGGGGCAAAACAUCAUAAAACAGGUGGCGCUAUCCGGACAGCUCGGCGUGAAGACUCAGCCUGCGCUCCCGACCACCAAUCUGCGCAUACAAGGAAAGGACGUUCUGCGUCUUCCCCCGUCCUCCAUCACCACCGACGCCAAGGGUCAGACCAUACUGCGGAUCACCCCCGACAUGAUGGCCACGUUGGCCAAAUCCCAAGUCACGGCCGUGAAGCUGUCGCAGGAACUUUUCUCAGCUGCGUCGUCCAGCGGUCCUGGCAAGGGACUAUUGCAUGUGACCUCCGGCCCGUCGUCCCCUUCCCCCCCGGCACCAGCGACCAUCAAGGUGACACCGGAAGUGAAGGUAGCCGAGCCCAGCGGCUCCGGGUUCAGGCUGAUGCCCGCUCUCGGCGUUUCUGUAGCCGACCAGAAACUGAAAACCACCGCGGCCGGCGAGGCCAAGCCGGGGGCCACCAUACGCAUUGUGCAGGGACUGGGCGUUGUGCCGCCUAAGGUGGCAACUACACAGAGUAUCACAGUGACUGCUAAGCCCGUGGCCCCUUCUGCCCUGGUCAGCUCUGUUCAUACGGCCUCCACCAUCGGCCUCUCGCCCGUCACAAACUCUGGCAACAAAGCGGUCAUGGCCGCGGGCGUGACCAUGGGGGCCACAACGGCCACCGUACGGCAGAUCCCUGUCACUGCAGCUCAGCAGGUGAGAUGUGGUAAAGUGCCGGCCCGGAUCACGGUGCCGCUGUCGGUCCUCAGUCAGCCGGUGAAGGGGAAGAGCGUUGUGACCGCGCCCAUCAUCAAGGGGAACCUUAGCUCCAGUAUAAGCGGUCUGGGACGUAAUAUCAUUCUGACCACGGUGCCGGCGGGGACCAAACUCAUCGCCGGAAACAAACCCGUCAGCUUCCUGACAGCACAGCAACUGCAGCAGCUCCAACAGCAGGGCCAGGCCACACAGGUGCGAAUACAGACAGUCCCGGCCUCCCACCUGCAAGCCGCGGCCUCCUCCUCGGCGACCUCUAAGGCCAUGUCCACGGUUGUAGUCACCACGAACCCUCCCACUAAACCAGCAAUGGACCCCCAGUGACCUCUGAA